UGAGGACCGGCGAUAGUGUGUAGAGCGGCUCCUCCUCUACCCCAUACACUCCAUGUCUGCUGGUCAUCUGUGUGUGUGACCCCCCUCAGCACUCAGGACUGUACACACGCACACAGCUCCUACCUGGGAUUCUAUUCCUUCUGCACUGCUGGACUGGAGCCGUACAAAACUCAUAAGAACUUCCUCCAGUGAUCAUAAGUCAUAAAGCCAGAGUGAUGCCUGCCAGCGGCUGCUGGAGCUGCCAGUAACCAAGGGAGCGCAGCACAACGUGGCCCUCCUCCUCAGUGUAUUGGAUGCUCCAGCGCCUGGAUCACUGUGCCGGGACACCGCAGCAGCCGGGACGCUCCCCUCGUCGCCAUGGUGCAGCAGAGCAGCAACGCGGAGAACACGGAGGCGCUGCUGGCAGGAGAGAGCUCGGAGUCCGGGGUGGGCAUCGAGCUGGAUAUGGCAUCUUCUCCCACCCCGGGCUCUACUGCCUCCACCGGGGGCAAAGCCGAUGACCCGAGCUGGUGCAAGACGCCCAGCGGCCACAUCAAGAGACCGAUGAACGCCUUCAUGGUGUGGUCGCAGAUCGAGCGGCGGAAGAUCAUGGAGCAGUCCCCGGACAUGCACAACGCCGAGAUCUCCAAGCGCCUGGGCAAGCGCUGGAAGCAGCUGAAAGACAGCGACAAGAUCCCCUUCAUCCGAGAGGCCGAGCGGCUGCGGCUCAAGCACAUGGCCGACUACCCGGACUACAAGUACCGGCCCAGAAAGAAGGUCAAGUCUGGCGCCUCCAAGCCCGGGGAGAAGGGCUGCGGCAGCCCGGGCGGCGGGGCAGGGAACCCCGGCAGCUGCAGCAGCUCCUCCAAGCCCCCGCUGAAGAAGAGCAGCGGCGCCAAGCUGUGCAGUAAGCCGCACGCCAAGCUGGUCCUGGGCGGCAAAGCCUUCCCCGAGCAGCCGUGUGUCCUGGACCACCACUCCCUGUACAAGUCCCGGAGCGCGGGCAGCUCCAGCCGGCAGGCCGCCCCGGACAGCAAGAAGCCCAAGCACCGGCUCUACAUAUUCGGCGCCCCCGGCUCGUCCCCCAUGGCCGUGCCCGCCAGCCCGACCCUCAGCUGCAGCUCCAGCGACCCGCUCAGCCUGUACGACGACGGGGCCGGCUCCAUGCACAAUUCCCCGGACUCACCGUCCGAGCACGACGGCUACCCGAGGGCGUCCUCCCCGGCCCCGUCCUCCUCUCACUCCUCCUCUUCGGCUGCAUCCUCCCCCUCCUCCGCAUCCUCCUCCUCCUCUUCAUCGGCUUCCUCCUCGGACGAGGAGCUGGAGGACGAGCUGCUGGAGCUCAACCCCAGCCCGGGCUUCGAGAGCAUGUCGCUGGGCAGCUUCAGCGCGGCCGCCCUGGACAGGGACCUGGACUUCCACCUGGAGGCGGGCUCCGGCUCGCACUUCGAGUUCCCGGACUACUGCACGCCGGAGGUGAGCGAGAUGAUCUCCGGGGACUGGCUGGAGUCCAGCAUCUCCAACCUGGUGUUCACCUACUGAGCGGGGCGGCCCGUCACAUGGCACUUACCGCCGAGGCCGGACUCUGCCUCCUGCCCGGAGCCCGCUCACUGCGAUGGAUUUGCACGCCCGGAGACGGAGGGCACCUUGGACACGAGGAGGAGAGGUUGUUACAUAUUUCUGUGGUACCCGGGGGGCUCUUUACAAUGUGUUUCUCAGAGUCGUGGUGGUGUCGGAUUCUUUCACUGGUGGGUUAUACUAUAGCAUGUUCUCCUGUCUCUUUUAAGGUUUCUGUAAGACUGUUGAGCAGUUUUAGUGUUAGGAUAAUCUGCAGCCGAUAGGUGGCGCUCUGUUUGAUUCCUAAAAUCACCAGCUUUUUUCUCAUUCUUAGCUCUUUGAAGGAUUCAAACGCAACUCAAAUCUGUGCUGGACUUCUAAUGAUUCAGGACCAAAUCUGUUCUCCUCAGAGUAUGUACGUGUUCUUAGUACUCAGUAGCUGUACAUGGACAGACUGUUCGUUUUUGGGUUCCCAUUGGUGAUCCAUAUUGUCCCCCCCCUUCUUGUAUAUGUACUCCAGCUCCCCCUUUUUUCUAGGUGGACCUAUUUAUACCGGCCAAACAUUCCUUUCCUCUCCCCCAUCCACACCGUUUUUAUGUCUCCUUCACUGAAGGGCUAGAGUUUUAACAUUUUAAUUUUUUUUUAUAUUUAAAGGUAGACUUUUGACACUUUAAAAAAAAAAAAAAGGCAAAAAAAAGAAGAGAUGAAAAAAACAAAAAACGUUUGAUUAUUUUCUCAGUGUAUUUUUGUAAAAAAUAUAUAAGGGGUGUUUUAACCGGUGUCAUUAUUUCAGCUUUGCGGUCAACGCUACAAACAGGGAGGCUGGUUGAUCUCCACCAAACAGUAAUAAUAAUGAAGUUGCACCAGCCCAUGACUUCCUCCAUGUUUACACACUUCUUAAAGUCACAGCAUCCCUUCCAGCCUCGUGCACUCACACCUUCAGAGUAUUCCUAAUAAUACACUGUAUAUCGGUUGAAAACUUAAAAAAAAAAAAAAAAAAAAGUCUUUGUAUUAAUAAUCUUGUGUAGUAUUUAUAUAGCUCUUUAUAACUCUACUUCAGAGGAUUUUUUUUAAUUAUUAUUAUUAUAGUGCCGCCAUCUCCCUUGUGGGCUAGUGGCAGCACUUUGGGUUUGGCACUGUUAAUGCUUCGAGGAGGAGAGGAACAAUGUUAGUUGCCUGUUUCCAGUAGGGUUAGAACAUUGAGCCGCACGCUUGUCUCUCUUUUUUUUUUUUUCUCUUUAGAACACCAAUACCGGUCUCUGAGGCUUGCCUUUUUUUUAACCCUUGAAAUACGGUGACCCUCAAGAAGGGGGGGGGAGGGGGUUAUGCAAGCUAGUCUGUACUCCAAAUGCUUUAAAGCAAACCAGUGCACAUUCUAAGCAAAAAAAAAGAAAGAAAAGGGAUCCUGUAGCUUUAACUUCUAGACCACAUAUUUGCACUUUUUUUAUAAUACAAAAAUGAAAAGGACAAAAAAUAAAACCGUGCCGUUUAAACCACUGGACCUAUCUAAAUGCCGAUUUGAGUUCGCGACACUAUGUACUGCAUUUUCAUUCUCGUAUUUGACUAUUUAAUCCUUUCUACUUGUCGCUAAACUAUGAUUGUUUUAGUCUCUUUUGGGCAUGAUGAUAGCAUAUGUAUUCAGGUUUCUAGCUAUUGUGUUUUACGAUGAAAAAAAAAAAGUGAAACCAUCUUUGUACCUUUUAAGUCUAUUAUAAUAAGCGAAAAAAAGACAAAAAAAAAAUGUGUGUUUUAUGUAUGUAUUACAUGACAGGCACUAGGACUUCUGCCGCAGCAGGCAGCACCUACUUUUUUUUUUUUACAAUUUUUAUUUUUUAUUUUUUUUGUAAUCCAUCCUGUGCAAUAUGCCGUGUAAGAUACUUUUUGUCUGACCAUCGAUCCACAAUUCCAAGAUUUGAGGCAUACCUUCAUGCCAGCUAACCGUGGUUAUUUCACUGCCUGUCAGAUUGUUGAUAUUCUCCUGUAAAUAACUUUUUUUUAAAGGAAAUAAAAUCAGCUGGAACUGAAACCCUUA